CAGGGGAGGAGAUGAAGACAGAAGAAGACAGAGUCUGACUUGAUCCCCUUCGGCUGUCAGCGUGCACUCACACAAGGAAAUGGAUACUCCCCGACUUGGCUUCUUCAUCUUCAUUGUGAUAACUGCAACUGCAUCUUCAGCAUCUUUAAAGACAACUGAGUCCCAGUGUAUGGACCUAAACACGGAUUCUUUCAGACUUUUUGAAGGGGAGGCAUUUCGUUUUGUGCCCCAUGAGCUCGGCAAUAAUGUCCCUGAUGAUGAGGUCACAUGGUACAAAAAUAACUCCCAAAUCAAUAUCACCACUGAUGAGAACCAGAACGUACAUUACCACGGUGGAGCACUCUUUUUCUUAAACCUCUGCAGUGAAAACUCCGGCCUUUACAUUGCCAGGCAAGAAGAGCCAUCAGGACGGUGUUACAACUAUUUUUUACAAGUUGACGUCUUCAAACGAAGCAAUCCAAUGGAAAAAAAAUUCCUCUAUGGAUCCAUUGAAGACUCUGCUGUGGCCAAACAGAUCCCAUGUCCAGAUCCUGUCCACAACACAUGUACCUCGUUGGCGGGAACUUUCUCCUGGAGCACGCAACCGCCCUUGCCCGAGCUGCAGACGUUCACUAGCCCUGAAGAUCGUCAAAAAGCUGACCUGUGGAUUAAGACGGAUACUGACGCUCACAAUGGCAUCUACACUUGCACUUGUACCUGGAAACACAAUAACAAGGAGUACAAAUCGACUGCCUCCAGGGAGGUAAAGCAUCAAGAGAUAGAGGUCCACGUUCCGGUGGAGAUCAUUUCUCCAACCAACAAGGAGCAGCUUGCUGAUGAAGGCGCUGGGAUGAAGCUGAACUGCUCAGUUUACUGUGGGAUAAAUGUGAAAUCUCACUGCAAGUCCACGUGGGAGGUUAAUGGAGUCUCUGUCCAGGAGCGUGAUGGAUACCGUCAAACCUCAAAAGUAAACCUAGAGAGUCCCUCACAGACGACCAUCUCCACUGCAACCCUGGUCAUUGACAGAGUGUCUGCUGAAGAUUUCAAGACUGAGUUUAAAUGCAUCGGCGUAGGCUUCUCUACAAAUAACUUUACCAUUAUAACUCUGAAGCGGAGAGAGUCAAUAAUUCCACUCGUCAGCGGAGGCGUGUGUGUGUUGCUUUUUGGUGUGUUUGCCGCCAUGCUGGUCAAAUGCUUCGCCAUCGACCUCGCUCUCUUCUUCAGACGCUGCAUCCCACUAAGCAGCUACAAAAAAGAUAUGAGGAUGUACGAUGCCUACGUGGUUUACCAAAUGCAGAGCAUGGACAAGGACACUGAGGACGCACUCUGUCAGUUCAUCUCAAAGAUACUGCCGUCCGUCCUCGAGGAAAAGUGCGGAUAUCGACUCUUCAUCCACGGGAGGGACGACAUACCCGGGGAAGACCGUCUGGAGCUGGUGGAGGACUGCAUGAAGCAGAGCAAGAGGCUGAUGGUCAUCCUCACCCCGGGCUCAGGAUCAGAGUUGGAGAAUGCAGACGGACCUCCUGCCUCGCCCCAAACCUCAGUGAUAGGAGGCUUCGACUGGCAGUUGGGGCUCCACCAUGCACUGGUCCAGAGGGAAAUGAGCGUGAUUCUGAUCCAGCUUGGGGAUACUGGGCCAAAAGGAUACACACACCUUCCUGCUGGUCUGCAGCACCUGAUUCAAAAGAGUGCCCCCAUCAGGUGGCCAGAGGGUUCGCGGGGCGCCACAGCCUGGAACUCACGCUUCUGGAAGAGAGUAAGAUACCUGAUGCCUGCAACACCUGCCAAAAAAUGUCUGCAGUCUGGUAUUAUUUGAAACUCUUAUGAGUUUACUGUGGCUUUACUGGAAUGAUAAUUAGCAUGUGUAAU